CAACCAGUCGCGAUCAGAAUCGCGGAGUGCAUUAACUAGUCUCCAUUUAACAAGCAGUUUAUUUAUUCCACAACUCGGUACUGGGCAUUCGAACGGCCAAGGCUGUGUGUGAUCAAUCAAAUGAAUAACAUGUAUUUUGUACAGCCCAUUUUUCAUCAGCAGUCACAAAGUGCCUUUUACAGAUACCCCGCCUGAAACCCCGAAGAGCAAGCAACGAGAGCAUAAACAUUCUCAAGCAAAUGUUCAUAUUUAUAGAAACGACUGUACAUAUAUGCACAGAUUUGUACUUAUGCGGUAUUGAUGAAUGAGCCUGCUGAUUUGAAAUGCCUGUAUAAAGUUGGGAUAGGAGCAUUUCAUCACCCCUCCAAAGGCUGCUAAAAAAAUGUACAAGAGAAACAGAAAGUGAUGUUUGCAGACCAGACUGGAAUACCCAUCAACACACAUCAAACACAACAGAACUCUGCAUUUGGUCUUUCUGCAUAGACUCCUCUCAGAGCAAAUGGAUUUUUGGAAGCUGAAAAGAAAUGGUGGGGAUGGGUGGUGCGUGGGAGAUUUGCCCGAAGACUGUGGGUACAACUUUGGUGACGACAGAGUGACCAAAUACUUUGCCACCUCCUUUGAGCUGUGUCUGAAGAAACAGGUGAUUGACCUACUGGCAGAGGGCUUUUCUCCUGAAUACCUCGAUGCCCAGCCAGCUGUCACUGUGAAAGACUACUACAGUGGGUUAGGAUGCUUUGGAUGCAUCUACAAGUUGACUGUGCGUCUGUUGGAUAAGAAGAAGAAAGUGAUUCAGGAAUUUAAACCAGAACCAGUCACCCUCGACCCACUUCGUGAUAAUAUGUCCUGGAGACAGGUGAGCAACAGCUUCUCUGACUACGGUCCCGGCCUGCGCUUCAUCUCGUUUGAACACGGAGGAAAAGACACCAAGUGGUGGAAAGGCCAUUAUGGAGUCAGAGUCACUGGCAGCUCUGUUACUAUAGAGACCACGCAAGCUUCUCCAGCCAGGAAUCUCCUGAAGAACCCAGCUGGAAACGGUGCCAGACCUGAAGAAUCUUGUGACAGUGAUGAACUUGAAUUCUAUCAAGAUUUGAUUGAAGGAAUUGGGUGUAGUUUUGAUUGGGGCAACUCAGACAGUGAUUCAGAGGAAUCCACUGUGUUUGAUGGUGCCAGUCCUGAAAGAUCUGAUGAGUCCUUGGAAAGUAAAAGAAACGCUGGUGACGCCCAGAACUAUGAGAAGGCCCAGGGACCCACUAGCAGACCAGAACCUAAUGGAUCAGAUCCCUUUUUAUCUGUUGAUAAAUGCAGAGAGAAGCCAGUUGUUGAUGAUGGAGACUCUAUCAGAGACAACAAUCAAAUGGUACUAACUUACAAAUACAAUUUGUAUUAUACACCUGAUGGCCAGAGAGAGUGUCAUAGUAAUGCUGUUUGGAAAAAGACACCUAUAUGUAAACAUAAGUAAAUGAAUCACUAGUUAAAAUGAGCCAAAUAUCAUCACAUCCAUUUAUGUCAUUUAUAUCACAUCCAUAUAUAUCAUUUAUAUCAUUGCAUUAACCUUCAUUGUGUUUCAUGUGUAUGAACUAGAACCUUGUACAGUCCCCAAUCAUGUGCUGGAUGCAACAACAGAUGAGGUUGUUAUGGAAGGAUAUGUGCAAUAAAGUUUUGUAACUGAAGGUACAUAUUGUUGUAGCCUAAUAACAAGCUUCUGUUCAUCAUGGUGCAUGAAACUCACUUAGACCCCAACAGAAUUCUAGAAAGCUGCUGUAGAUUUAACCUCCUGAGACCCUGUGACCACAUCUGAGGACAUUAUGUUUUAGGCUUCCUGCACCAUGUACUUAAUUCAUGCAUCACUUAUUCAUCUUUGAAUACCUCACUGGUACUGACAAAUGCAGUACACACUAUGAUGUUCAGUAUAUAAAUAAAACACUUUGACUGAA